GCGGGCGGGACCGGCGCGGAUGUGGCGAGGCUGCUGAACGCAGGUUCCGCGGUAUGGCGGGGACGGCGUUGAAGAGGCUGAUGGCCGAGUAUAAGCAAUUAACCCUGAAUCCUCCAGAAGGAAUCGUGGCAGGCCCCAUGAAUGAAGAGAAUUUUUUUGAAUGGGAGGCAUUGAUCAUGGGCCCUGAAGACACUUGUUUUGAGUUUGGUGUUUUUCCCGCCAUCCUGAGUUUCCCACUUGACUACCCCUUGAGCCCUCCGAAGAUGAGAUUCACCUGUGAGAUGUUCCAUCCCAACAUCUAUCCUGAUGGCAGAGUCUGCAUCUCCAUCCUGCAUGCUCCAGGUGAUGAUCCCAUGGGUUAUGAGAGCAGUGCCGAGCGGUGGAGCCCAGUGCAGAGUGUGGAGAAGAUCCUGCUUUCUGUUGUGAGCAUGCUGGCAGAGCCCAACGAUGAGAGUGGAGCAAACGUAGAUGCUUCCAAGAUGUGGCGGGAUGACCGGGAGCAGUUCUACAAGAUCGCCAAGCAGAUUGUCCAGAAGUCUCUGGGGCUCUGAGGCUACCCCUGUGCACACUGAGCACUCUGCUCGAGAACCUGUGGCGACAGCGCUGCCAUGCCAACACCAACACAGGCAGUGCAGAGCCACAGCCCCCGUUGUUUCUUCCUUUCCACCCAAGCCAGGCAGCUCCCUAGAUCAUGACUGGGAUAAUGACAGCUGCUGCGCUGCUAAAGACUCCUCCUGCUGUGUUGUGUGCGCACCUCAGGGAGGGCCCAGGCUGUCCUCACUACCUCUCUCAGCCAUGGGGUCCUCACCUCUGCUCCUUCCUGCAGUGCCGAGGGCCUGUCCUGUUGUCUGCCAGGGACUGGAUACUAAUGCUGCUCCCUCUUGGGACAUGGGGCCUUGGAAAAGCAGUGCAGGCCUGUUGUCCCUGCCUCUCAGUUCCCAGGUGUCCCAGGAAGCAUUUUGAGCUUCUUUUGACACUUUGCACUUAGAAGCCUAGGUUGCCUUUGGCAUGGUGACAGAAGCUUGCUAUAUGAGUCACAGAUGUCACCAUAGCCCCUUCCAGGGGAUGCUUUGUAAAUGGGUUCAUGAGAAGAGGGGACAUGGGUCAGCAAGACUGCUGCUUUUUCUGGUUGCAUCCAUGUCUGAGUUAGUGGUGCACACUCGACCGACAGGCGGGACUGUCAGAGCUUUAGUGUGGGUCUCCUGGGGGCCCUGCAUACACACUGCACCAGGGUUAGCUCUUGGAUUAGAUUGUUGUUCGCUGUCAGGGUUGGAGGGAAUCUGCCACUGGGUGCUCAGCAGAGGAGCUCCUUCUGAACUGGAUGGGCUGGGGAGCUGCUAUGGUGCAGGCCAGGGUGGAGGGGGUCUGACAGCAGGACCUGCUGAGCCACAGGGCCCGAGCCGACCCCACAAGCAAUAACAGAUGUGGAGUGCGGUGGAUGCUUGGCCUUUUCUAAACAGGUUACAUUUAAACACGAGUUUCUAUUUUUAAGAUACAGCUUAUCAGGGGGUGUGUGGCCGAUCUCACUGCGCAUUGUCUGCUUCUGUCCCAUGCCCACAUGUCAGUGGCCAGCACUGUGCAUGUUUCAUGGUGUUCAUAGUUCCCAGCCCUGGGGCUCCAGGGGGCACCUGUGGGCACCUUGUGCUUUCCUUCUCGGGGGAGCCCAGUCUGUUUGAAACGCAACAGAGUCUGGUGUUGGGAGGUGCAGGAAGGGGGUUGUACCGAAAUAGUAUUGCAGGCCACUGAGAUGAAGGCCUCUCUGUAAGGAAGUGGUCUGUGUGGGGUGAUGUCCACACACAGAGUGGUCACAGGGCAUGUCGCUGUCCUCAGGCCUCCCUGGCAAGUGCGGGAGGAAGAGAGGCAGUCUCUUUGCAAAACAAAGUAUUUUUAUUCAUUUGUAUUUAUUAAAUGAAAAAAAAUUCUCUGUUGUCCCUCUUCUGAGAUGGACUUUAAUUGCUGUUAAAUAAAAUUGUGUACCUGUC